CCUGCUUUCUCGGACCAGAACAUUCCUUUCCUUUCUUUGUCUGUCUAACGAAGGGGAAAGACAAGAGAGUAGGGUGUAAAUGUAAGAAAAAGAGAGAGAGAGAGAGUGAGAGAGAGAGAGAGAGAGAGAGUGUGUGUGUGUGUGUGUGUGUGUGUGUGUGUGUGUUAAGAAAGGAGAAGACAGAAUGGACCAGACACACUCGCCUUUUUGACAAUAGAAGCUCACUUCCUAUCUGUCAGUGGCGUCUCGUGAAAAAGCUCAAAUUGAAAGGGAAGGACAGUGUAGUGAUCUCUGUUGAGAUCUGCAGUGGAGGGUUUCAAAGACACAUCAGUGUGGCUGAAUGUAUCACAUAGCAGAGCAGUAUUCUGGACGCAACUCGUGGGACUCUUUUCCCUCUGCUGGGCCGAACCGAGCAUCAUGGGCCCCAGGCAACAACCGGCACUGGGCCCCCCCUUCCAGGUGCAGUGGAGGGAACUAUCAAUCCCCAUCCCAAAACUACACAGCAGGAAGAAGCUACCCAAACAAAGCUUUUAACAGCAGACCUCCAGGUUUCAGCAGGGACAGGCCCCACACUCACCCCAGAUACAGAGACAUUGGAAAGGAGCAGAGGCCCCUGAGGGGCUGCGGACCACCACAGAACCAGCACCAUAACCCUGAAUGCCCUACCAUAAACAACUACAGCUCAGGGUGUGGAGGUCACUCCUCCAGCAGCAACAAUCAUGCCAGCCAGUCACACAGGUAUGGGGGUCCGCACCAGCAGCAGCGUUCCACUGGGCGCCCCCCACAGUCCCAGGGAGAGAAAUGGACACAGUCGACUCAGUCCAGGACUUUCCAAGGACCCUCUUUCAAACGUCUAGCACCUCCUCACAAUAUGUCAUCCCCCCUCCGUGACCCAUCUCCUUCACGUGACGACUGUUCUGGAAAAAGGAGUAGGCCCUCGCACCAGAAUUUCCACCCAAGGGAGAAAUAUUACAUCAACCGUCCACCCCCAUCCAAUCCACCUCGGCCCUGGAGCCCAACGUACAAAAGCUCAAUGUCCUGGAGCCCGUCUGAGAAGAGGUGCUCCCCCUCUCGCUUUCAGGAGUCCGGUCAUUCAGGCAUAAAAGAUCACACCUUCAGACCCCAUUCCUUCCUCUCACCGCCUAACAGUAGCCCCAGUCAGGGCUACCACAGCAAGAAACCCACUAAGCAGGGGCCAUCCCAUCAUCUGGUCCAAAAUUCAGGCCCCCAUCCACGUGGGGCCAAAGGGGGCUGGGAUUUUCCAUCACCAGCAAACCUCACCAGUGUGCCUUACAGUCAGCAGCACCAGCUCCCUCCUUCACAGAGGCACACCGGCUCCUCCAGAAGCCCAGCCACCUCAGUACCUCAACCUAGGUUCAACACAGCACAGCCUGGCUGGAAAACACAGAGCCGAUCUGGAAAACAUGACAAUAUUGAGACAGGGCAUAACGCCUCUGGCUUGGAGUUCCAGGAGUCUUUGGGCGGGGAGAAAAAACGACCAAGUUCAACCAAACACAGUAGCCGUCAACGCAGUCCCAUCGAGCCGCACAGUAGCACAGAGGGUAGGGUGAGCGUUCAUACUGGGAGAGAUUGUACCGAAUGGAGGUGUCCAGAGACCGGGUUAAAGAAACACAAUCAGAGAGACAUAGACCCUUCUUCUGAGAUUGCCUCUCAGACCUCAGCCAGGGGUCAAAGGGCACAAAGAUCAGAGAGGUCAGAAAUGAAGAAGAGCAGGCACUCUAAACACCAGACUGGAUUCGAAUCCACCCACAAGAGCCCCCUCAGCAAGCUGGAUACUGAACUCUUGAAACACAUUCAGGCCAAGAGGAGGCACAGGGAACAUGUAAAGAGGAAGGAGAGAAAGGAGGAGGGAGAGCUGAUGGAUGCAACAGAACGGAUGGAGAAAAGACUGGAGGAAAGGAAAAAGAAAAAAAUGAGGGAAGGAAGAAAGGGACAUGACAAGAAAAACAUGCAUCAAAAUGGGAAGAAGUUAGGACUGAAGAAAAGAAGAGCAAAAGAGGAAAAUAAACCAGAGAGGAAACCUUAUUUAGGAACAUUUGAUCCUGAUGAUUCUGAGCCUCUCCUGAAUGACCAAUCAUCGCUUUAUUUCCAACUCAGAGAAGAGGAAGAGUUCUCUCAACAUACCUCAGGGUUAAUACCAACCUCUACAUCUCCUCCUAUCAAUAAUAACCAUUGUUCUCCAUGCCAACCAACCCUCGCAGCCAAUACUAAAGCCUUAGAGCUUGAUGACAAAUCAGACUCGGUUUUAGAGCCUGACCAUGUAGACACUAGUGAUUAUGACAAUGUAGAGAUACAGCAAACACAUGACAUUGAUGUAUCCAAACCCACUGUUUCUGAUAAGCCGAAGGUUGGUGGAGAACAACCCAUCAAUAGCAAGGAGGGAAUUCUUGGGGAAACAGUGGUCCAUCAUGCUCCAGACCUCCUCCCAGCUCACUGCAGCUAUAGUGAGGAGCUCCUUAGGUUGGAUCCACCAACAAGCCCCCCUGUUCUGAGCUGGCAGGGCUCACCGGUGUCAUAUUUGGAUGAUGAUGACGAAGAUGGCAAAGAGGAAGAUAUGAUUGGAGUACUAAGGAGGCCAGUGUUACAGCCCAGUCCAACACAUUCAUCACCACUACUAGAAACAAUGGAGAUCAACACUGGGGUUGAUUAUUGUCACAGCGACCUGGCCAAGCUAUAUGGCCUCUCCGAGACCUCAAAAGCAAUGGAGGCCGAGGAAGAGGACAAUGAAAAGCGAGAGGGUGAGCAAAAAGAUAGUAGUCCUGAAGCAUCAAGCUCUCAGCCCAACAAACCGCACCUGCACCAAAUGGACACAUUCAAGUCGCCAACCUCAGCAAUGGGUAGCCAUAGGUACACAUACAGGGGUGGGCCAUUUGGUCGGCCUCCCCCCAGUGCUUUAGUGGGUGUGAAAUACUCCUCAUCUCUGUCACUGGGUCCAGAGAUCCGUCCUCCAUGUCAGCACAGUCCACCUGCUACAUCUCCAACUCACGAUAUCCCAGAUCAGGUCACACCACCACUUAUCCAGACCUCAGAGAAAGACAAAGAGAGUGAAACCGAGGGAGAAGAGGAAGAAAGAGAAGUUACAAAGGCAAACGAGGAAGAAAGAGAGAAAACAGAAGAGGAAGACCGAGAGGAAAUGGAGGUCCAGAAAGUGGAUGAACAAAUGAAGAUCAAAGCAGUUGAAUCAUCUGAAGACCCAACCCGCACGUCACUAGAGAAGGAGCAUCUGAUGUCUCCUGCCACCCUGCAAGCUAAACUAGCACAUAGCUGCGAGCUACUAUUAAAUCAAAUCUCCAGCCCUGUGUCAAAGGCCAUAAAAGUAAGCAUGCCCAAGUCCACUGAGAAAAAAUUGGAACCAGUCAGACAGAAAGAUCAAGUGAGGAAUCAAAAGAGGAAAGUUGGUAAGACUGUGAAAGGUCAGGAAAAGAGCAACACAGGAGAGAAUAAAAAGCAAAAGGUGAAGGAUGAGGUCCAGACAAAGUGUGAACCUUUAUCUCUGAACUCACCCCUAUUAUCAUCACCCUCUGAUGGUUCAGAUAAGCAACUGAUGGAUUUUAGAACCAAACAGGUCAUUUUAGACCAUCAAAACUACAAGAAAGAUUUAGUAGCAGAGCCUAAAGAAUUAGAGAAAGAAAAGGGGAUAAAUGUUAAAAAUGAGAGUAUCAAAGAAGACACAUUAAAAGUGGAAACAACAAGCACCAUGGCAACCUCCACACCAUCAACUACAUCUAUUGCAAUGGACACUCAAACCUGUACUGUGAGUGCCUCUGGCAGAGCUCCACUACUGGACCGGGUCAAUCUCCUAAAGUUAAAGGCGUUGUCUAAUAUUCCACUGAAAGAGCUGAAGAUUCGGUUGAUCAAGGUUGAGAGUGGAGAUCGGCAGACCUUCAUUGCCUCAGAGAUAGAGCAGAGGAGUGUCCCUCUCAAAGCCAUCAACAUCAGAAACACUGCCACUGAGGUCAUACAAGCCUGCAAAAGGGCGAACAUCAAGACCAAGUUUCGGGAGUCUUACCUGCUGCCUGCAUUCUCAGUGAAGCCUGUUCUGUCCAGCGAGACCCCCAUUCCCAGAGAGAAGCUUAACCCUCCAACACCAAGCAUAUAUCUGGAGAGUAAGAGAGAUGCAUUCUCUCCUGUACUACUGCAGUUCUGUACAGACCCCAAAAAUGCUGUUACUGUCAUCAGAGGACUCGCCGGAUCCCUCCGUCUCAAUCUGGGUCUGUUCUCCACUAAGUCGCUGGUGGAGGCUAAUGCAGAGCAUGCAGUGGAAGUAAGGACUCAGGUUCAGCAGCCAGCGGAUGAGAACUGGAACCACUCGGGAUCUGCCCAGACCUGGCCCUGCGAGAGCAGCAGAUCUCACACCACCAUCGCAAAAUAUGCACAGUACCAAGCAUCCAGCUUCCAGGAGAGCUUACAGGAAGAAAAAGACAGUGAAGAUGAGGAUGAGGAAGACAAAUCAGAGUGUGACACACAUAUGACAAAAUCCAACCCACAGAUCAACAUUGGGUCUUCCACAACCACCACCAACACUGCCACAGCCAGCUCAGAGCAGAGAGCUGUUGGAAAAAUCAUAAAAUUUGGAACCAACAUUGACUUGUCUGACCCAAAGAGGUGGAAGCCACAGCUGCAGGAGCUGUUGAAGUUACCUGCGUUCAUGCGUGUGUCCUCCAACGGGAACAUGCUGAGUCAUGUUGGCCACACUAUACUGGGCAUGAACACAGUCCAGCUUUACAUGAAAGUCCCUGGCAGCCGCACUCCAGGACAUCAGGAAAAUAAUAAUUUCUGUUCAGUGAACAUCAAUAUUGGCCCUGGAGACUGCGAGUGGUUUUCUGUCCAUGAACACUACUGGAAAGCCAUCAGUGACUUCUGUGAAAAGCAUGGUGUGGACUAUCUGACAGGCUCGUGGUGGCCUGUUCUAGAGGACCUUUAUCGUUCAAACAUCCCAGUGUAUCGCUUCAUUCAGAGACCCGGAGACCUGGUGUGGAUCAAUGCUGGCACAGUGCACUGGGUUCAGGCCGUGGGCUGGUGUAAUAACAUUGCAUGGAACGUGGGUCCUUUAAAUGCCUAUCAAUACCAGCUGGCUCUUGAGCGCUUUGAGUGGAAUGACAUCAAGAAAGUCAAAUCUAUCGUUCCUAUGAUUCAUGUGUCCUGGAACGUGGCCCGCACAAUCAAGAUCACAGACCCAGACACAUUCAAGAUGAUUAAACAUUGUCUCCUCCAGUCCAUCAAACACAUUCAGAUUUUGAGGGACCAGCUGGUGACUGCGGGAAAGAAGAUCUCCUAUCAGAGCAGAGUGAAGGAUGAACCAGCAUACUACUGCAAUGAGUGUGAUGUUGAGGUGUUUGACCUGCUGUUUGUAACCAGUGAGAACAGCACUAGGAAGACAUAUGUAGUUUACUGUGAGGAUUGCGCUCGGGGACAGAACCCCAGUCUGACAAGGGUGGUGGUACUGGAGCAGUACCGCAUAGAUGAGCUCAUGAACACUUAUGAUAACUUCACCCUGUCUCCAAUUCCAUGCUCUCGGUGAGCUUGAUGUCUGAAACUACACAGCCAUAACCAAAUCUUCCACCCCAAAGCAGCAGCACAAACCUUUUGUUCUCCUUUUGUUUUUGAUUUUUUGUUUUUUUACCAAAACCACUACUGCAAACGUAUGAAACAGCCAAUCAAAUCGCUGUUUACAUCACAUUGUUUACAAUAUUAUCCGCAGAUGUCUCUCCAGCUCAGUCGUCUUCCCCUCAGCCAGCUAUUGAUAAGACAUCUGAUGUAAUCGUGUACCUUCGUAUCACUUCUCUGAUUAUAGAAUGACUAGAGUGGUGCUCAAGUUAAUAAUGUGUAACUUGGCUAUCAGGUCAUUAAUCCACAAUGGAUAACUGCUGUGAAACCUUUUUUUUUUUUUUUUUUAAUUGUCAACUUGCCGAAAAUGUGCAUUAAUUCAGGUACUGAUGGAGUUUACUUUUUAUGCAAACGGAAGACAAUUUCACCAGUCCCGUUAUUCUAUGUCUGUGGUAAGUGGUGCUUUGAUACAAGGUAUAAGCAGCAGGGGAUUUAUUCAUUUCUCAUGGAGCUGUUGACCAUUGCAUUGGCAUUAAAUUUUAUUCUGUUGUUUUGGUCAUGUCAUAUUUACAGUACUACAAUUCUGAUCUUUGUAAAUGGUAUUUGCAUAAUUGACUGGGUGCUAUUUUUUUAAGUUGUCAAAGGUUUUCAGAAAAAGAAACUUUUUAACAGUCUAGACUAACACCAUUUUGGCCUUGUGAUUUAGACAAAAGGUGAUUUCAUAAUAUUUGAUUAAGUAAACUCAGAGCAUUAAAAAUAUCAUGUGAAAUACAGUAUAUGUAACAGUUAUUCAAAACAAUACGGGUUUAAUCUAAAACUUAUUUGAUUGCAUUUGUCUGGAAAACCUUGUGUGUGUUAAGUGAUCGUUUUUGUACAAUUUAAAAAAAAAAAAAAAAAAUCAUUCCUGCAAUCUUAAACUUGUGGCUUUUAAAGCAUAACUCAAUCCAAUUUUUAUCUUUCCUUUUGAUUUUUUUGAUUUUUUUAAAUUUUGUAAUCAUUUAAAUAUUCAAAUUAUUCUUUGUUUUGUUUUUUAUUUAUUCAGUUGUCUUUUUAUUUUUUAUUUAUUGAUUGAUUGUGGUGCUCCUAUUCUCUAAAACAUACGUAUUUUGAAAAUCGUUCUGUUGUGCUGAUGUGUUGAGGCUUACGGGGGGGACGUCUGAUUCAAAAUGGUGCUGAUCCCCCUUCCUCCCGGGUCUGUCUGUCUGUAUAAUGAUCUGUAGGCUUGAAAACAUGAAUAUAAGUUAAUCUCACAAGUUGGUGCUUAGAACAGAGUCAGUACACUUUUAUGAACUGAAUGUCUUUGUACUGUAUAUUUAACACAUGAAAUUUGUUUGCUCUAUUUUACAUGAGGUACAGGAUAUUGUGACAUGUGUAUGAUUCCAGUCAUUCUAGCUGUUAUGAUUAUAAUGACCUUUCUCAUUUGUAUCAUUAAUGAUCAAUUUCAGUGAGAGUUUUCAGAUUUGUGUUCCAUCAAUACCUCUCAAGUUCUCUUUCAGGUUCAUUGCCAUUUUUGUUUGUUUUACUGUACAAAAAAUAAAUAAAAAUAAAUGAUAAAAUAGAAAAAAAUAAAUAAAUGAAAAAAUAUUAAGGAACUGAGCCAGACUUGUCUAAAACAUUUUGUGAUUUUGUGUGUUAUAACUGAUAUAAUUAUACCUAUAAAAAUAAAUAAACAUUAUGAUAAAUUGA